UGCGAUAGCUGUUUAAACAACCGACAUUUUCAAGUGUAUUGACAUAGAGGGCAAAUAAAUACUGCCACGUAUCUUCACCACAUUUAGAGCUGCACCAAACAUUACAAACAUAGGAAUGGAUCGGAUUAAAUUCGUCUUUUCAAUCACAUUCAUGUUUUCGUUGUUAUUCUCGAUAUGUCCAUAUAUGUGCGGUGAGAUAUUCAAUGCGGCGGCGGAAGAACAUAUAAAAAAUCUCGUGCUGACGACAAUGGAAUGUCGUCACGUGCCUGGUUUUACGUUGAGCGUUGUGAAAGGAGGUGAUGUUUGGGCUCGUGGUUUUGGCAGAGCGGACAUAUCUGCCGGUGUUCCGGUGGACAAUUCCACUCUGUUUGCCAUUGGCUCCGUAACCAAGUCCUUCACCAUGGUGCUGCUCGGUAUACUACUCACUGAGAAAAAACUUGACUGGACGGCCAAGGUGAUGGAAAUUCUGGGUCCCGAGUACGGCUUCGUGGACGAGUAUCGAACAAGGGAGAGCACGCUGAAGGACCUUCUCUCGCACCGCACAGGACUGGACGGCCAUGAAUUUGGUGUCAUCAGCGGAUAUCCGGAAACGGUGUCCAGGGAAGAACUGAGCAAGAAUCUCAAAUUUCUACCGGAAAAGAAGGCUUUUCGAGACGGAUUUAUUUACAACAACUACAUGUACAUGCUUCUUGGACACGUUGCUGAAAAACUAGGUGGAGAAACGUGGGAAAAUCUUAUUACGUCACGUGUUUUGACUCCGAUCGGAAUGUCGUCAUCAAAAUUACUGAAGCAGCCAUCUGACGUGUUUAUAUAUGGUGUCGCACAACCAUAUAUUUUAAGGGACGGUCAAUUUGCAAACGGGACCAGAAGCAUUUAUACGAUUCGACCAAUGGAACCGUCCGGGGCUAUUCUCUCAAACGGUGUCGAUAUGGCCAAGUACAUCCGGUUCAUCAUCAACAUGGGCAAGACAGACAAAGGGGAACAACUGUUGGACACGGAGCUUCUGAAACAAGCCUUUAUUGGCAUCAUAUCGGACACGAGUGACAACUAUAGAACAAACUUCUUUCUUACACAGCCUACGUUUCCAGCCUUCGAAAUCCCACUUGGAUAUGGUCAUGCAUUCACGGAGGCAUUCUACAAUGGAAAUCGGAGGGUGGACCACAGCGGAGGCGUUUUCUCAUACAUCACGCUGCUUUGGAUAUUCCCGGAUCAACACAUCGGUAUAUUCGCAAGCACCAAUGGUCCAGCAGUAAACGCGUUGCAAAUGAAAGCAUUGACGACCACUUUCUAUCACGUGAGUGACAUUCUUCUUGGAUAUAAACCUUGGAUUAACGUCACAAAUGCAUGUACAUUUCCGGGACCGUGGCGAAACGAUACCGUGACAGAGUUCGGAGCAGGCGAGAUAUCCCGAGAGUUGCGUAACGCGAAGGAAUACACGGGCUUCUAUGGCAACAACGUGCUCUCUGGUAUACACGUGGAAUCAGACGACAAAAGCAAUACCAGUUUAAAGUUCACCAUGGGUCUCCUAAAUGGUUACCUGCAAUCAACGACAGAUCAUGAUCGUUUCAUGAUGGAAAUAAUGUCCCCUGCUGAAUUUUACGCACCGUUUAUGGACAAGAAUAACGUCACCAUGAAAUUUCACGUUACGUUCUUACGUUACAAUAAUGAAUGCACUCUUCUUCAACUUCACUUCAACAUGCCUCUGAAUUUUACGAAGCAAGGAUACAUUACCUCUACCAGGGGGCAAGCUGUUAACAAUGGACAGGGUUUAACUACCAGCAUCAACUGCGUGAUAUCUGUUUUGGCUUACUCGUUUGCCAACAACCCUUAAUGAUGAUGGACGCGGUCUGUUGAACUUAAUAUAAAUUUGUAUACAGUUUGUAUUUAUAAUACCUCUAUAUUGAUUGGCGUCGCUCUGGAGAGCGGCGACUAGUAUUUAAUGCAUUUUUUCGCUUAUGGGAGAAGUUAUUUUACGGAUCAAUGUAUACAUUUUUGUUUUAAGAAUAUCUUGCAUAGUGGUGAUUUUUUGUGUAAAUUAGUGUAAAUAAGUACUGCAUUUGUGCCUAUAACAUUUAUUACAACAUUUAUUGCCAAUAAUGCAAAGCUAAUUGUUUUAAUUAAUAACUGAUCCACAACUGAUCACAGGGGAAAGAUCACAGGGACUGGGCAAAUACGCGAAACUUUCUGGUUUUGUAUAAAAACAAAACAUAAUCAAAAUAUAUUUAUUUUGUGUUUUUUCUAAUUUGCUUAUUUAGUGGAGAAUCAAUGUAAUACGAUUUUUGACGACCUAUCGCGAAAGCAAGUUUAUUGAGUGGCGUAGUGGUACGAAAACGUACAAUGUAUUAGUUUAUUAAUAUACAUAUAAUAACGAUCGCUAUACACAACUUCACCAAAUAGAAGUACAUAAAUGAUGUCAGCCGGAAUAGCUCAGUUGUGAGAGUGUUAGACUGAUGUUGUUUACGCAACAAUCAUCUAAAGGCCCCCGGUUCAAUCCCGGGUUCCGGCACGAACGGAACAGUUCGGCGACUGACAUUUUUUUCAGGCAGAUUAAUAAAUAUAAUAAAGCAUGUAGACAUUUUAAAAUCCAUUUUACUGCAAUUUGAUAAUUUUAUUAAAAUUAAUGGAUGCCGCGUGGUGACAACGUUUAUUAAAAUUUCUUACAUCACUUAAAUAUCUUAUAAAAAUACACGUGUUUUUAUAUUAACAAAUAAAUGCAAACAACACAUCUUUUA